CCAAAUUUGUGCCGAGUGCAAACCGCACUUCUACUGUCCUGACACGGCACAACUUGUCAAGGCCACCCGCCCUUUUGAACGCCUGAGUGUUGACUUUAAGGGCCCCCUUCCCUCCACUGACCGCAAUGUCUAUUUUCUCAGUGUUAUUGACGAGUUCUCACGGUUCCCCUUUGCCAUCCCCUGCCCCGACACCACUGCCACGUCCGUCAUAAAAGCCCUGCGCCAGCUCUUCACUCUGUUCGGGUAUCCCUGCUAUAUCCACAGUGAUAGAGGGUCCUCCUUUAUGAGUGAGGAGCUGCGCCAGUACUUGCUAGCUAGGGGCAUUGCUACCAGUCGGACCACGAGUUAUAAUCCCCGGGGUAAUGGCCAGGUAGAGCGGGAGAAUGCCACAGUGUGGAAGGCCACACUUUUAGCCCUUAAGUCCAAAGGGUUGCCGGUCUCUCGAUGGCAGGAGGUCCUCCCUGAGGCACUGCACUCUAUCCGCUCUCUGUUAUGUACGUCCACCAAUGCCACCCCUCACGAACGCCUAUUCUCUUUUCCCAGGAAGUCUGUCACUGGGACCACCCUACCAGUUUGGCUGACGUCCCCGGGGCCAGUGCUGCUCCGGAAACAUGUGAGGAGCAAUAAAUACUCCCCGCUGGUGGAGAGGGUUCACCUUCUCCAUGCGAACCCCCAGUAUGCUUACGUGGUCUUACCUGAUGGGCGGGAGGAUACGGUCUCCAUCCGCGACCUGGCACCCGCAGGUGCAGCAGACCCCUACCCUGAAGGCUCUCCGGUAACUGUGAACCCUGCACCAGAGGUGACACCGUACGCACCAGGCCCUACACAGACUCCUCACGACACUUGUAUACCGGGCGUUUCGUACGCGUUUAUACCAGGCGCCUCGCACAUGCAUGAGGGAUCACCGGCGCCUAGUGGGCAAGAACACGCGCAACCCCCGUCCCCUGUGCAAUCGCCAAUGUUGCCGGCACCUAUGGGGUCACAGCCGGUGCUACGUAGAUCGCAGCGACAGAUUCGACCGCCUGAUCGGCUUGACUUGUAAGAACCUUCGCUACAUGAGGACUUUUUCAAACGAAGGGGGGGUGAAUGUGGUGAACUAUGUGCCUGUCGGGACACGCCCCUGCUGACUGCUCCUGUGGCUCCUCCCACAGGCCCCUGUAUA